UUCAUUUUUUCAAGGUAUCAGAUCCACACAGGCCUGCAGCAUUCAAUCAUACGACCACGACAGCCCAACUGUCUACCUCUUCAUCAAGUGACACUGCCCCAAAAGCUGCAGGAAGCUGGUUACGCAACACACAUGGUCGGAAAGUGGCAUAUGGGAUUUUAUAAGAAAGAUUGUCUUCCAACAAGACGUGGAUUUGACACUUUUCUUGGCUCUCUGACUGGGAAUGUUGACUAUUACACCUAUGAUAAUUGUGAUGGACCAGGGGUUUGUGGCUUUGACUUACAUGAAGGGGAAAAUGUUGCUUGGGACCUUGCUGGCAAAUACUCCACCAUACUCUACUCCCAACGUGUAAGUCAUAUCUUGGCCGCCCAUAAUCCUCAGCAACCUAUAUUUAUUUACAUAGCUUUCCAAGCAGUACAUACUCCCUUGCAGUCUCCUCGAGAGUACAUCUAUCCUUAUAGGAAUAUGGGCAAUGUGGCAAGGAGGAAGUAUGCCGCUAUGGUAACAUGCAUGGAUGCUGCUGUUAAGAACAUCACCCGAGCACUGAAAAAGUAUGGUUACUAUGACAACAGCAUUAUAAUAUUCUCAUCAGACAAUGGGGGUCAAACUUUCUCUGGUGGAAGCAACUGGCCUUUACGGGGCCGCAAAGGCACAUACUGGGAGGGUGGUAUAAGGAGUUUGGGUUUUGUUCAUAGCCCAUUGCUCAAAAUGAAAAGAAGGUCUAGUCGAUCCCUAAUGCAUAUUACGGAUUGGUAUCCAACGCUAGUAACACUGGCAGGAGGAAACAUUUCUGAAACAGAAGAACUUGAUGGCUAUGAUAUGUGGCCAUCAAUAAGUGAAGGAAAAGAGUCACCCCGUACAGAAAUUUUGCAUAAUAUUGACCCCUUGUACAAUCUUGCCAAGUCUGGAUCCUUGGAAGAAGGUCAAGAAAUAUGGAACACUGCUAUUCAGGCCUCUAUAAGGGUUAAAGAUUUUAAACUGUUAACUGGGGACCCUGGUUACAGUGAUUGGAUACCACCACAGACUCUUACUAACUUUCCAGGAACUUGGUGGAACUUAGAACGACAUACUGAUGGAGCUCGUAAAUCAGUAUGGCUUUUCAAUAUCACAGCUGACCCUUUUGAACGUUAUGACUUGUCUGCACAGAAACCUGAAAUUGUUAAGGAACUAUUGUUGCGUAUAGCUUACUAUAACCACACUGCUAUCCCAGUGCGCUAUCCAAAUGAGGAUCCAAGAGGGAAUCCAGAGCUCAAUGGUGGUGCCUGGGGACCAUGGGCUAGUGAGGAUGAGGAUGAAGAAGAAAACUGGAUAAAUGGGCAUCUAAAAAAUGCCAAUAAAAAGAAAAAAUGCAAGAUAUGCAAGCUUAGGUCAUUUUUCAGAAAACUAAACACUCGUAUUAUGUCAAAUCGCAUCUAG